UAAGUGGUAACGGAGCAUCUGAAGAUGAAUUUAACGCGAUUUUAAAUAUAAAAUCCGAUAUUGAUGAUUGUUGGAUAGAUCUAGAAUAUACAGCAAUUAUAUCGGUGCAACAGCUCGGUGAGCUCAUUUGAUUGGCACAUUUUCUUGGUUUAAAAAUCUACACCAAUCAGAAGCAAGAUCUCACUGAACUGUGCAGUGCUGAAUGCAACCUAUGAAUACCGGACUACAUUCCGAUAUCUAUGGGACAUGUGUUUCAAAUCAGCUGUGACAGUUUGACGUCUCGUGCGAUAAAAAAGAUUUUUAAUCCUGGGAUCUGUAGUGCUAGAUAAUCGACUUGGAUGAUUCAUGAUGAAAAACAAGACCAGAUUUUGUCAGAAUAAGGAUAUUUUUGAACGAAUGAAUUAUUUGUACCAGGCUAGCCAUUUGAUAGCGUUAAAGGACAAGGUCGCAGCAUCCUAUUACGGUAACAUGAUGAUGCGUUGUGCAAAGAAAGUGGUAUUACAUGUGGAGCCAAAUUUAAAGAGAACCUUGUGCAAAUGUUGCCAAACUCCGCUUAUACCUGGAGAAACAGCUAGAGUCAGAUUAAUUUCGAAGCCUGUUAAAGGCGUCAAGUGGACGUGUCUAACUUGCAUGAACACUAAACGGUUUCCCACGAGGAAAGGUUACAAACUGUGGCUCGACGAGCCGCAAGCAGUGUUUAAAAUAUUCGAUUACACACCAGAAGAAGAAAAGAAAGAGAUCGAAGACGAAGGGAAAGACAAAAAUGAGAGAAAGAGAAAGAAGGAAGAUAUUCAGCAAUCCGAUCUGCAGGGGAAGAGCCUCAAUUGUUCCUCAAAAUGUAAGAAACCAAGUUAAGUUCUAAAGAGCAUCUCGAAAAACGUGUCGGUCGCAAGCAAGUAGAUAACAUUCGAGGAAAUUCAGGCUCGCACACUCAAUGCUCGACGUGAAAUAAUUCAAGACGAGACACUGGUGUACGAAUAUUUUUUAUUAAUGACUUACAUAAAAUAUGUUACAAUAUUACAAUAAAUUUGUAAUUAAUAAACAGAGAGACUUUUUGCGCUAACUGGUAUAUUCAUAACCAUCUAGUAAUAUCAUGACGAUACCGAAUAAUGGUUUUACAUUAAAUGUUUCUUAGAAAUAACUUGAUAUCGUAAGUUAAGUUACUGUUAUUUUUUUUUCUUUUUUUUUCGAGUAUUUGCGAUACAUCCUUUACGACAAGUUCGUUCGCAGGGAAUUCUCGAAGGUCACGGAUCUUCUCUCAGUUCUCAGCCGCGGACGGUUUGAAUUUGAGGCGCUGUUUUUCGAUGGUGCGCGUUUCUCUGUUGAAUUCAUACGUGAGACGGGAUUCUCACGGAAAGGCAGGGAUCCGCGUAUUUUCACCCUGUAUUAUUAUGCAUGUGUGUGUGUGUGUGUGACGAUGGAAUUCGCUACGAAGGUCAUUGUUUCUUUUUAUCUAACUAUGAUAUGACUAUGUCCGCCCACCGCCAGUGAGAGACUCGUGCAAACAAUAUUACGAGUUAACGGAUCGUUGCACUCAGUGCCUCGGGCGCAAUCAAAUCACAGUUUAAUCGGGGGAAGAGGGGGUAUAUCAGUCGUUCACGAGCUCUAAACCUUAAACAUAAAUACGUAUACACUAGCGACGUUACGCGCGCGGCAUAAAACUUAGGGCAAUUAAUAACAUACGUAUUUUAAUCCUGGCGUCGGAAACGUUGCGCGCUCGUCGGCGACGAUUGGCUGGUCGUCGUGCAUAUAAAAUCGCGCGGCAUCCCGAAUGCGGAUGCCGAAACAUUGGCAGUAAUAUUGCGGAGUGUGGUGUCGCGAAGCGCGCUCAAAGUCGCGCGUGGAGAGACGCAGCUUCGCGACGUCCACCUCGUAGAGAAACGCAUACCGUAAUACGUAUUAAAAAAAAAAAAAA